AUGCCCCGGGAUAUUUUGAGUGAUAGUUUAGCUGUCUUGAGGAUAGUUGAGCAUGAAGAUGAGGAGAACUGGCCGCUUGAAAACAAACCAUCAUGUAAACAGAGUAAUAAAAAAUCAUCCAACAUUCCUAUGAACAGUCAGAAGUCUAUAACGAAAGAUGACUGCGCCUGUUAUUAUAAUUAUGGCCAUGGUGACAGCGGAAAUGGCAGGCAACAUGAUCCUGUGUACCAGUACAAAACGAGCAGUCUGCCACCUGCUUCAUCAAUCAACCAAUCCUGGGAUGAAAUUGUCUGCUCUGCACUGCGAAUCACACCUGAAGACAUUGCUAAUCAACUCACUCUGCUUGAUUUGCCUUGUUUUAAGUCUAUCAGACCAGAAGAAUUAACUACGUGUGGAUGGAACAAAUUGAACAAGUUGACGGUUGCACCCAAUGUGGUAGCAUUUACGAAACGAUUUAACAGGGUUAGUUUUUGGACUGUACAGGAAAUAUUGAAUGGGCAGUCGCCAAAGGCACGAGCCGAAAUAUUGGCGCACUUUAUAAAAGUAGGAAAAAAGCUUCAUGAACUGAACAAUUUGCACUCUCUAUUCGCUGUUAUCUCCGCGUUACAUAGUGCCAGUAUAUACAGGCUAUCAAAAACGUGGGCGUGUUUAUCUAAAAAGGAUAAACAACAGUUCGAUAAACUCGCGGAGUUAUUUGGUGAAAAGGACAACUGGACUGCACUGAGAGACUAUUUAAGAUGUAUUCCUUUGCCAUGUAUACCAUAUCUAGGUAUAUUCCUGACGGAUCUCGUGUAUAUUGAUAUCGCGCACCCCCCGGAUUCACCCCACCGCGUGGCUAAGAUGGCAGUCGUGCUGAAAGCGCUGGAGAAGUACCAGACUUCGGAGUAUGAUAUCCUGCCUCUACCCCACGUAGCGAACUACCUGAACAGUGUCCGCUAUAUCGAAGAGUUACAGAAAUUUCUAGAAGAUGAUCAGUACAAAUUAUCGUUAAAAUUAGAGCCACCUUCGCCGGUCGGGAGCUGCGCUGGUUCCAAGGAGUCAGUCAAAGAAGUAAUCGCUUCGGGAGCUUCAAAUACCACUAACAUAUCACCUUCACACAAAGUAGGCUCCGGCUCGCUGCGUCUCCAGGGCUCUUGUCACCAGGGCAAGUUUAUCCCCACACAUCGGAAGUGCCGGUCGCUCGGUUCCAACAUAUUUGGAAAGAACCACACAGACGACAAGAUGGAGAACAAGACUCCUGCUGGUUCAGUGAACUUGCUCGACGACACUCUGCUGGAGUCACCCAGUUCCGUUUCAGGCGGGAAGAUGUCUCAAUCGCUGCCGCACUCUGAUAUAUCGAGGGCUGACGUCAUCCAGUGCGAUUUUCAAGGAUUCGUAAGGAGGAAGACUAUUUUGAAGGAUGGACGGAAAAUAUCGCUGUCGUCCUGGCAGCGCUACUGGCUCCAGCUCUCUGGAAAUAUCCUCGUGUUUUAUGCUUCGAAGUCCUUCAAAGGGACGAACCGCAGCGACUUCCGCGACGAGAAGUGCAAGGUGCUAUGCCUGGUGGGGUGGUUCGCCAAGAUAUCUGACAGCGACAGCGCUGACGCAUUCCAGCUGAUCAACCAUCAUACCGGCACGCUCUACAAGUUCAAGGCCGCUUCGGAAUCUGCAGCGAAGAUGUGGGUUCGUGUGAUCGAAGAUGUGACUACUAAGAUUGUGAAGCCCCUGCCGGCUAAUCUCAUGUCGUUCGAAUAG